AAGCUUUAUUUAACCAAUUAACAGAAUCAUGUCAAAAUUAAUUUGAUAUUCAUCAAUAUAACUUUAUCUUAAUUAAAUUAAUCAGAAUAAAAUCCUUUUCAAAAGCUUACUUCAAUCUGAAAAGUUAACGUAUCUUCAUGACAACUACCAGUAGAUUCAAUCCAAAUGAGCAUACACCACUCUUACAAGAAGAGUUUCCUAACUUUAUUCCUAUAGAAUCUCGAAUUUCAGAAGAUGAUUCUGAUGAAACCGAUACAUCAAUCGAUCUGGACUCAACAACAAUAAAUGAGAUACUAGGAUGGUGUCUGUAUGGUUGGGCUGCUGAACCUUUUAUAAUAAGUGCUAUUGCAACUUAUAUUCCUUUAUUGCUAGAGCAAUUUGCUAGAGAUAACGGUGUGCUUUUUGAUGAUCAUCUAGUUCCUUGUGUCUCCUCGAAUGAUCCUAAUGAUGAAAUCCCCAAUCCAAAUUUACCUCCGAAUAACGUAAAUAAUUUAGCCUUCAACAUAUUUAAAGCCAAACAAUGUGUUGUUAAAGUUUUAGGAUUUUAUGUUGAUACUUCAUCUUUUACUAUGUACACUUUUGCAUUUUCAGUAUUUGUGCAGACUUUACUAGUUAUUUCUAUAACUGGUUUUGCUGAUCGAGGAAAUUACAAGAAACCAGUUUUAGUGAUCAGUGGGUUUUUAGGAGCAAUCUCUACAAUUUUAAUGUAUUUUUUGAACUAUAAAUUUUUGCUUCUAUCUGCCUUUUAUUGUGUUUUAUCAAAUUCAUGCUUUGGAGUAGUCAAUGUCUGUGGAAAUUCAAUUUUGCCGGUAUUAGUAUCAAACAGUUAUAAAAUUAGAAAACUAAAUAAGAAGCUAGUUCAAAGUUCAGAAUUAUCUUUGAACGAUCAAAUAAAGAUCGAGGGCAAAUUAACAAUACAGAAAGGUUUGAUAUCAUCUAAAAUUUCUGGUUUAGGAUCAGGGUUGGGUUAUUUUGCAGCUUUUAUUGUUCAAUUAAUAUCAAUUCUUAUUGUGCUAAAAACUGGGUCAUCAACCCUUUCCAUUCAAUAUGCGCUAUUAUUUAUCGGCUGUUGGUGGUUUAUUUUUCAAUUUCCAAUAAUUUUUUUAUUAAAAUCUCGAGAGAUAGACCCUGAUCUCAUACCUCUUACAAACAAUAAUAGAAAAAUCACAUUUUUUGAAUAUAUCCAAAUUGGAUGGCUUAAUCUCUUGACAGCUUUUAAAAAAAUUAAACUAUUAAAAGACGUUUGCAUUUUUUUGACUGGUUGGUUUAUAAUAAGUGAUUCCAUUACAACGAUAAAUUCUGCAGCAAUUCUAUUUUCAAAAACAGAGCUAAGUAUGACUACUCCCGAGUUGGCCAUAAUUGGCGUAAUAGCUAUUAUCGCUGCAAUUUUUGGAACGUUAAUAAUACCAAACUUUGUUCAACCGUAUUUUAAGUUGAAUUCGAAAAUGACAUUGAUUUUAAUUAUAAUUUGGUCAUCGAUGAUUCCAUUUUAUGGAAUUCUUGGUUUUUAUUUUGAUAAUAUUGGGCUUCAGCAUAAGAGCGAAAUGUAUUUAUUAGCAAUGUGGUAUGGAAUAUCAUUAGGAGGAUUAUCUACUAUUUCUCGAUCAUUAUUUUCAUUGUUGAUUCCAAGAGGUAGAGAAUCCUUGUUUUUUGCAUUGUUUGCAGUUACUGAUAAAGGUAGUUCAAUCAUCGGGCCUAUAAUUAGCGGGCUAAUAACAGAUAAAACCCACAACAUUAGGUACUGUUUUUGGUUUUUGUGGAUCUUGUUGGUAAUUAGUUUGCCAGUUUUUUGGCUUUUAAACUUGGAGAGAGGAAAAAGAGAUGCCUCAGAGUUUGAAGAUGAGGAGUUAUUACAUGAAGAAUUAGCAGAUGGAGCUUUUCGAGUCACUCACUAUCAACAAUAGAACCCAUAUUUCAUAAGAAACUUUGUGCUGUAUUAUAUAGGAUUCAUUCAGCGACUUUCGCUUAAAUAGACUAACAUUAACAGAAAUUGAACUUUCCAUGUAAGUGAAUUUGGUGAGCAUUCCCAGUGGAUGGAUAUGGAAACUUGAUCACACCUAAAAGGGAUGUCCGGAGCAUUGAAUUCCGACCAGGUUUAAGUCCCAAUUUAUUUUUGUAUUCGGGUUGGAUUGAUGAUCUUUUUAACUUACUGCGUUUUUGUC